CUUUGGAGUUUGAUAUGAUGUGAUCACACACACACACACACACACAGUGUGGUCCCUAAUGACACGUGAACACACACAGACAGACACACACACGGCCCUCAGAAUGACAAAGCUCUGAUCGGAGGGAGGUGAUCUCUGAAAUUGCUCAGUGAGCGCCCCUAAUUUCCCUGAUUUACGUAUUGCUGUCAAUCACACCCAAUGGAACCCAAUCAGAAAGCAGGCGGGGACGGACUGGCGGGGAUGCAGAAGGAGGCCGCGUUGCGGGCUCUGAUGCAGCGCACCGGAUACCAACUGCAGCAGGAGAACGGUCAGCGCCGGUAUGGCGGCCCGCCGCCCGGCUGGGACGGCCCGCCGCCAGAGAGAGGCAGCGAGAUCUUUGUGGGGAAACUACCGAGAGAUCUGUUCGAAGACGAGCUGGUUCCGCUGUGCGAGAAGUACGGAACGAUCUACGAGGUGAGGAUGAUGAUGGACUUCAGCGGGAACAACAGAGGUUAUGCAUUCGUCACCUUCGGCACCAAACAGGAGGCCAAAGCUGCUAUGAAGCAGCUCAACAACUACGAGAUAAGAAACGGACGCCUCCUCGGAGUUUGCGCCAGCGUUGACAACUGCCGCCUCUUCGUGGGCGGGAUUCCCAAAACCAAGAAGCGCGAGGAGAUCCUGUCCGAGAUGAGGAAGGUCACAGACGGGGUGGUGGACGUCAUUGUGUACCCGAGCGCCGCCGACAAAUCCAAGAACCGAGGCUUCGCCUUCGUUGAGUACGAGAGCCACCGGGCCGCCGCCAUGGCCCGCCGCAAACUGCUGCCAGGUCGCAUUCAGCUGUGGGGUCACGCCAUCGCUGUGGAUUGGGCGGAGCCUGAGGUGGAGGUGGACGAGGACACCAUGGCAACGGUCAAGAUCCUAUACGUCAGGAACCUGAUGCUGCAGACUACCGAGGAGACCAUCGAGAAGGAGUUCAAUGGCAUCAGACCAGGUUCGGUGGAGCGAGUGAAGAAGAUCAGAGACUACGCCUUUGUCCACUUCGCUCAGAGAGAGGACGCCGUCAACGCCAUGGGCGCCCUCAACGGAAAGCUGGUGGACGGCUCACCCAUCGAGGUGACGUUGGCCAAGCCGGUGGACAAGGACAGCUACGUCCGCUACACCCGAGGGACGGGUGGACGCGGGGCGUCUUUGCUGCAGCCCGACUACGCCGCCUACACUCUGGGACAGGUCUACGACCCCUCAGCGGCGUACCUCGGUCCGCCCGUGUUCUACGCCCCCCAAGCCUACGCCGCCGUACCAGGUCAGUUCCGCUUCCCGGCGGCCAAAGCUCAUGUUGGAGGUCGAGGUCUGAUAAGGACGCCGUCCGUCAGAGAAAUUUACAUGACUGUACCUGUAGGGGCUGCGGGGGUGCGGGGGCUGGGCGGGCGGGGAUACCUGGCCUAUGCCGCCGGCAUCGGAGCCGGCGGCGGCGCCUCCUACAGCCUGAAGGCUGACAAGCAGGUGGAGGAGAAGCUUUACGACCUGCUGCCGGGCAUGGAGCUCACCCCCAUGAACCCUGGCGCCAUGAACCUGAAGGCCGCCGCCAAACCUGCAACACAGGUUCUGGAGGAGUUGUGUCAGAAGAAUAACUGGGGUCAGCCCGUCUAUCAGCUCCACUCUGCCAUCGGUCCAGACCAGAGACAACUCUUCCUCUACAAGAUCACCAUACCAGCUCUGGCUACCCAGUACCCCAACGUACACCCCUUCACGCCUGCUAAGCUGUGUGCGGCCGUAGAGGAAGCUAAGGUGCAUGCGGCCGAGCACACUCUGCAGACGCUCGGCCUGCAGACGGAGGUCGCCGCCGACGCUAGCUGUGCUACGGCCGCCACCGUGGCCUCGGUAACCUUCCCAGCGUCUUUCUCUCCAGGUUAUGCUCUGGCGAGCCCGGGAGCGUCAGCAGUGGUGUCCCAGCUCAAGCAGGCGGUGUCUCUGGGUCAGGACCUGACGGCGUACACCACCUACGAGGGAUACCCGGCCUUCGCCGUGGCCGCGCGUCACACCGACGGAUACGGCGUUUUCUAAAAAGAAAUAAGAAACAUCUCAUAACUCCGGAGCGUUCACGCUAAACUGCUUUGUUCUUCAAACCCCUAUUUUGAAAAUCUGUUUUUUUUUCAGCUUCAUAGGGCUUCAGAAAGUAAAGCAGAUUAGUGGGAAUGUUUGAUUAUGCUGAAGGUUUUACAGGGAGACGAAUCCACCGUGGACACCGUUUCAGAUUCGCCAGUCUCCCACAGACAAAUUUCUCACCCAUUAAUCUAUUUUCUUUCUUUAUAUUAUAUCCGUCUCUGAAUACUUCCUACGUAGAUAAUUAUUGUGGGAUUGAGGUGCAGGACGGCCUGUAAUUGACUGUCAGUUGGUCCACAUGUUAUUUUUGAAUGUGUCUUUUUUUUGCAUGUUUUUGGAGAAAGAAAUAAGUGAAAUGGAUUUAGUUCUUCUAUGCUUUGUUGUAGUGUUAGUUUCUCUAAGAUACCUGGGAGUUGUAGUUAUUUUCAAUGUCUUUCCACUGGAAACUACCUUUUGGACCAUCAGUUUUUUCCUGUCUGUAAGUUAUUUAGAGAUACAAUGGAAAUCUGUCGGAUUAGAAAAUUGAAACCUUGUUUUAGUCACUGAGGCCUUCUGGACUUUGUAGUUCUACAAACUGUGAAUAUGUAGUUUUUAGGUUGUGGUGUCAUGAGCUUCUUCUCCCUCAUCUUUAAGUUUCAGUUUUCUGUGGGAGAAGCUCAACGUUUACUGAAAGACGAAAGCUUACAGGACUUACGAAUAAUACAAAUGAAUCCUAAUUGGUUUUGAAUUAAACAUUAGCCAUAUGUCUACAAUAACUUCAUCAAACCGACACCGGACCAGGAGUCAGGUGUUAGUGUCUGGAAAGAUAUUUUCUGAAUGGAUUCUAACUCGUCAGUUAGAAAUAAGAGAAAUCUUCUCAAAUCAAAAUACACGUUUGUUUUUCCAUCCAAUCGUUCUGCAGUUUGGUGAAUAGUGCUGAUCCUUCCAGCAAAAGAUGACUUGCAUUACGGUCGAGAUGACGUUACACCGUCACCAUGGUAACCAAUGACAACAGAUCCCUCGGUCCGACGCGAUAAUUGUUUCAGGACGCGCGCCGACAUCCAAGUCGCCAACACACCAAAGCAGAGACAGUAUUAAAAGUGUGCGGAGCACUUAGAACUUAUUUUUAUACCAAUAGAUAUCCAGAGGCUAUUUUGUACAGAGUUCUUGUGCAUUCUCUAAUAGGAAAGUGAAUCAACACUUAUCUGUGAUGAACACAGAUUUGUGGGUAUUCUGGAGAAGUAACAUGAAAGCAAACUACUCUGAUGAAUUGUGAUGUUUUGUGAUCCAUAAUCUGACUGAAAUAAAGAGACAUCAAUGUGAAGAGGCGGCUCUAAUAAAGUAUUUAUCCAUCUAACCCUAACCCUGAGGUCGUGAAGGCAUCACUAACUAAGAGCAGGUGUCCGUCAUUAAAUGUUCAGUUUCCUGUUUCUGCUCCUUUUAUCUCGUCAUCAGUUAUCUGGUGAGCAGCUGACAAGCAUCAGAUUACAUCCUGUAAAUAAUCUGAUUAUUAAAUACCCAACAUCA